UAACAGACAGAUAAAUUUCAGUUAUUGAAAUUCAAAAACUGAUGAUCGUAAUCGGCACUUUUGUGUUUGGUAUUCUCGUCGGCUGUUUCAUCGAGAGACACAGACUAGGAAUGACCUCGUGGAGUUACGACCCUAAUUGUGAGCCUACAGGGUGUCCGUCCGCUUGUCCCCCUUCUACAAGGAAUUUUACCUGCGACAGUGUGGCUUCAAAGCGCUGGCAUAGAAGACGCAGGCGACCACGGGCAGAGCCAUUAGAAAGUGAGCUUAUUAUUCCUCCACCUCGACAAAUAAGACGAACUCGCUCUAGGAGCAGGGAUCGUAUAAUCUCAUGGGACAGAGCUAGUUCAAGGUCACCGAGCAGGAGACUGAAUCCUAUUCCAAGACGAAACGUACAACUACCAGAACAGAUAAUCGACAUUGGUGGAGGUCGCAGAAAUGCCGUAGGUGGCUAUUAUCCUGGACCUUCAACUCCUCGUGGAAGGCGAAACCCAAUCAUUCCAGGCUCUCUCCCAAACACUACAAUUCAAACACCAGCACAGGUGACCAACCUGGGAGGUGGUAGACCUGGCCACCGAUGGACUGAAGGAAUGUUGUAUCGUAGACGCGGCCCAAUAGGGGGGCGUUGGCCAAUAUCGCGAUAAUUUUUAAAAUUAAAAUUCUGUAGAC